AUGAAUACCAACGACAACGCUACUCGGAUUGUAAUAAAGUACGAUAGUACAGGAAGGAGGCUAGCGUAUGCAUUUGCGCUACUAGGCUUUGUAAUACAAACCACCUUAGUUCAUUCCCUCGCUUCGUCGUCGCCCUCGGAAAACCCGGCUUCCUUUACCUUGUUUGAUCGGUUCCAACCAAUCUGCCCUGCCGAUCUUGCAUCCGUUAGGCGUUUCGAUUCGACACUGGUAGACGACGAUGACGAUGCAAACUGUGUUUGGGUAGCGGUGUUCCGAUCUAGCAACAACAAGCCCUCGGUCAUGAUCAAAGACGAUUUUCUGCUAGCCAUGCGAGCCGCCGUCGACACGGCAACCGUAUCCGCUCCGACAUCCACCGACGUCAAAGUACGCAAUUCAUUUGAAACGAGUGACGCAUCGGUCCUUGCGAAAACUCCCGUGGCGGUAGCACGUUUGCGUCCGUCACCCGAUUUUGAGACCUGUUGGGUGCUCGAUAGCAUGCGCUGUGUAUUGAAAAAAGAAAACACGGAUCAAGCAUGUGACGGGGGGUCAGAGCACACUGAAGCUCUUUCAUCUGGAAUCGAUGCCUUACUCCGGUUUUAUUUGCAAACCGAAAAACGGUUUGAAAAAGCCAUACGUACCAAGGCAACUUUGGUCUCGGGGAUACUAUUGGAAGAGCGAGGAUUCCGUCCAGUGGAAAGUUUGCAAAAAGACAUGGCAACGCAUGUAUCUUCGAUCGACCGGUGCAUGGAAAAUUACGCUUCACGUUCGGUCAGCGAUAUUGGAAAAAGCCCCGGCGCCAGACAGCGAGCUUUGGAAAUUGUGUCACUGCUGGCUCAAGUCGACCGUGAUGCAGACUUGAAGAAUCCCGCCCACGCGAACGAAAACGAUGCUCUGGGAGGCGGCGAAGAUUUUGACCCCUGGUCAUCGGUCAAACGAUAUCUAUAA